CUGCACUCUGCAGUACUAUUUUGCACCAUUUGCAAUUUGAAAGUUCCUUCUAUUACUGACAAAAAGAAAUAAUCAAGCAUCAAAUCAAUUAAUUUUGAACAUAUUAAUGAUGAGACAGGAGUGAAGAUAAUCAAGGAGAAAUAAUGGUUCGAGUGACAUUUUUACAUCCAGAUUUAGGUAUCGGCGGUGCCGAGAGGUUAGUCGUCGACGCGGCUCUUGCACUGAAGCAGAACGGCCACAAAGUCGAUUUUAUUACGAACCAUCACGAUCCCAGCCACUGCUUUACUGAGACUAAAGAUGGUACCUUCAAUGUUACUGUUGUUGGUGAUUGGCUACCCCGAAAUAUUUGUGGCAAGUUUUUCGCCUUAUGCGCGUACUUAAGAAUGAUAUAUGCAGCUUUGUAUAUAAUUUUUAAAUCUGACCGUCCUAACGUAGUUUUUUGUGAUUUAGUCUCUGCAUGCAUUCCAGUUUUAAAACUUAGAAUUCCAGUAGUAGUAUUUUACUGUCACCAUCCCGAUCAAGUAUUGACAACUUAUGAAACUAAGUUGAAAAAGUUAUAUAGAGUACCACUAAACUUUUUAGAAGAAAUAACCACAGGCUUAGCUGAUAAAAUAUAUGUUAAUAGUCUUUAUACGAAAUCUGUUUAUAAGGAUACUUUUAAGAAACUAAAUGCAGAUAAUACAGAAGUACUAUACCCAUCAAUAAACACAUCAUUCUUUGACCAGGUGCAUGUACUAUCAAUGGAAAGAAUUUUAGACAAAAAGUUCUUGCCUAAUACUUGUUUUUUAUUAUCAAUAAAUCGAUAUGAACGUAAGAAGGAAUUAUCUACAGCAAUCAAAGCUUUAGGUGACUUAAAAAAUCUCUUACCUAAAGAAGAAUAUCAGAAGGUAUAUUUAGUUAUGGCAGGUGGUUAUGACAAAAGGGUAGAAGAAAAUGUUGAGUAUUAUUUAGAGUUAAUUGCACUUGCAGAAGAAGAAAGAGUAGGGGAUAAAGUAUUCUUCUUGCGAUCACCAACAGAUAUAGAAAAAGUCUCAAUCCUCGUAAAUUGUGAUAUAUUGAUAUACACACCACCUAAUGAACAUUUUGGAAUAGUGCCUUUAGAGGCAAUGUAUGCUUCAAAGCCAGUUGUUGCUUGUAAUUCUGGUGGACCUACGGAAUCUGUUAUAGACAAUAUUACUGGUUAUCUUGUUGAGAAAUCUAAAUUUGCUGAAAAGUUAGUUAUUUUAAUCAAAAAUAAGACACAGAGGCAGCAGUUUGGAGCAGCAGGCAAACAAGUUUAUCUACAAAAAUUUAGCUUCCAAGCAUUUGCCAAUAAUCUCAAUACAUCUAUACUAGAUGUUUAUGAAAAUAAAAAAUCACAAUAGAUUAAGAUAUUUAAAUAGGUUUACAAUUUUUAGAAGUAAAUUUUUUCAUAAUUUUUUAUUGAUUAUUUUUAUCACAAAUAAGUCAAAUACAAAGAGAUAAAUAAUUGAGUGAUUAUUUAUUUAAGUAA